AGUCUACAUAUAAGACUGCAUCUUGUAGUAAUGGAGAAAAUCAGUUUAUGACAGAAUUCAGAGAAGCAGGUUGUCGUUUGUUUAAGUGUAUUAAGAAUAAUAAUAAUAAUAAUAAUAAUAAUAACAAAUUAACUGCACCAUAAAAAAACAUCAAAAUGUCCAAUAUCAAUACAUCACACGAGAAGUACGACGAGCCAAAACUCAUGGAUGGCGGAAAUUACAUAAGGGAAGGUCGAGAUUCCGCAAAAAGUACAUGUCUCAUUUUUUCCCCAAGAGACACUGACGAAGUCGGAGCUCUUGGAAGAUAUUUACAACUUUUUGCUAAUCAUAAGGUAAACUUAUUGCACAUUGAGUCUCGCAGUUCACUGCGUCAAAUGGAUGCUUAUGAGUUUAUGGUGGAAUGUGCACCAGGUGGAAACUUGGGUGAUGCCAUUGAAUCUCUGCAAGAGCAAAGUAGUUAUUUUUCAAUAAUCUCAAGAAAUCAUAAGGACAAUAUGGGUACUGUACCAUGGUUUCCACGAAGGAUGCGUGACCUGGAUAAAUUUGCUAAUCAGAUUUUAUCUUACGGUUCGGAACUCGAUAGCGAUCAUCCCGGUUUUACUGACCCUGUUUAUCGUGCAAGAAGGAAAUAUUUUGCCGACAUUGCAUACAAUUAUAAACACGGGGAGCCAAUACCAAAAGUGAUUUAUACAGCGGAGGAAGUGGCGACGUGGGGUGUUGUUUUUCGUAAAUUAACCCAAAUGUAUCCAAAAUUCGCAUGCAAGGAGCACAAUCACGUUUUUCCGUUACUUAUUGAAAAUUGUGGCUACAGAGAUGAUAACAUUCCUCAACUUGAAGAUAUAUCACAAUUUCUAAAAGACUGUACUGGCUUCACUCUGAGGCCAGUAGCCGGCCUCCUUUCUUCUCGUGACUUCCUGGCUGGUUUGGCCUUCCGCGUAUUUCAUAGCACGCAAUACAUAAGACACGGCAGCCAACCUCUCUACACACCGGAACCGGAUGUCUGUCAUGAGAUCCUUGGUCACGUGCCCUUAUUCGCGGAUCCAGCAUUUGCGCAAUUUGCUCAGGUCAUCGGUUUGGCCUCUCUGGGUGCACCUGACGACUACAUUGAAAAAUUAGCCACGUGCUUCUGGUUCACCGUGGAAUUCGGCCUCUGUCGGCAAAACGGCGAACUCAAGGCUUACGGUGCUGGUCUUUUGUCCUCCUUUGGCGAAUUGGAAUAUAGUUUGAGCGACAAGCCGGAAUUGCGGCCUUUCGAUCCGGCUAAAACGGCCUUGCAGAAAUACCCUAUCACGGAAUAUCAGCCAGUUUAUUUUGUCGCAGAAGACUUCGAAGACGCCAAAGAAAAGAUGAUAAAAUUCGCACAGACCAUCCCGAGGAAGUUCGGGGUUAGAUACGAUCCUUAUACUCAGAGUAUUAAUAUAAUCGACAGUAAGCAUCAGAUCGAGGAUCUUGUUGAUAACGUUAAUCAGGAAGUUCAAAUCCUUAUGGACGCUUUGAGGAAACUUAAACAGUAAGUGCUGGAGUUAGUUUAUUAAAUUGAAAUUUUUGCAAAGCCGGGACUGAAUAUUUUAAAUGUUUAUGUAUGCCUGACACGUGUAACAGAAAGUGAUAAGUAUAAUUUAUGAAAUUAGAUAAAGCAAAAAGCGCGACAAACCAAAAAAUUGUUUUUAAUGAGAAUAAUUGAGAAUCUUUAAUAAUUUGUAUUCAUUGCUAUGGAUAUGAAAGUCAUUUAAUUACAUGGCUUUCGUUGAAUUUCCAUGGUUGACACUGUUAAAGUUACUGUGGUCAAUUUGAUAAGUAAUAAAUAUAAAAUAAAUUAUAAGUUUCUGAUAUCUAUUCUUUAGAGAAGAAUAUGGAUAAUUAUUAUACGUACAAUAAUUAUUUUUUAAAUGAUAUUGUCAAACUUACAUGUAAGAUUUUAUAAGAAAUUAUAUAGUGUGACUUUAUUCAUCAAGUUAUAGGUUUAUGAUUUUAUUUUGUAAUUAGUUUAAGAAAGAAAACAGAUUUAUUGUUAUACACUGGUAGUCAACGGUGAUACAUCAACGGUGUAUCGGAUUAGUAAUUGUAAGUAAGUAUCGUGUUUCAUAUUAAAAUAAUAACAUCUUCUUACAAAGA